AUUUAUUUCUGCAUUAGGAAACGCAUUCAAUCGGAUUCUUGAAUGGAUGAAUCAUGUGGUGACAAAAAGCAUUUCAGUGUGAAUUAACAUGAAGCCUUCGUAGCAACGCAAUAAUGACCCCAUCCAUGAUCAUCGUACCCUUGCUGGUGAUUGCCUUCGUGCGAACGGUGGAUUCUCACACUCGUUUCAAAGGAAUUGAAAAGGGACACCCGCCUAACAGACCUCCCACAGAUCCCGUGAAGCGACCAAUCGGUCAGCUGACAAAUUGCCCAACUGACACUGGACAACACAGCUGCGUGGAUGAGGCAUUGGCUCUGCUUUGCGAGAAAGAUCUGGGUAAAAAAGACUGCGAGGAAGGUCAAACUUGCUGCUAUACAGAUCAUCGGUCAGUUCGUCCACCCAGUUCAGCAGACUGCAACCUGCCUUUGAGCUGCAUCCCGGCAGAUGUCGCUGAAAGCACUUGUGAUGCGUUGAAGCCCAUCACAGAAACCGGAUGUCCGGAUGGCCAAACGAUUGUUGAAAUAAUCCAGCCAAAACUGCCUCAAACUUCAAAAAAUAACCCAUCAGUAGCCAGUCAAGCAGGUGGGUCAUCAGCGGACUGCAACCUGCCUUUGAGCUGCAUCCCGGCAGAUGUCGCUGAAAGCACUUGUGAUGCGUUGAAGCCCAUCACAGAAACCGGAUGUCCGGAUGGCCAGUUUUGCUGCUCACCUCUUAGCCAAAUUCCUGUAGAAAGCGUCAGUCAGAAACCGGAUUCCACUCAAAAGAUUCAAAAUCAACAACUUUCUGAGGGAGAAAUCAAAGUCAAGCUGGAAGUGGAAGAAUGCCUGAAGCAGUACUCGAAAGUCAACGAACUUCAGCAGUUGAAGAAAAUAGAAAAUGAAGGGACAAACUUGUUCGCCUGUCCAGAGAACAGUUCUUUAAAUCCAGAAGAGAAAUGUUGGAUUGUAGAAGUAUUUUACAAACGAGAAAAGCGGAAACUGGGGAAUGGAGCAUUAAUCCGACCGAAUGUGGUCUCAACUUCCGCCACUACUCUGGGUUUAUUGUCUAACACGGAGGCAUUUUACGUCCGCGUCGGCAUCAACAAGUCAUUUUCUGGCGUGAAAAAUGUCAUUGAGACGAAUUUCGACGGAGGAUCAUCAGAACCGGAUCGUCAACUGAAUUUAGUUUUUCUGGAACUGGAAAAUGAGGUGGAUUUUGCCAAGACUGGAGCUUGUUUGGUGUGUGCAGCUGCGUUUGACUUUUUGCCGGAUUGCUUGACGGAUUUCAAAUGCCGUCUUUAUGACCAGGACAAAGUUUCGUCUCUGACGGAUUUAUCCAAAGACGUUUUCUGCUACAACAACUUACCCUUCGAGCUCGGGUCGCAUCAAUUGUGUUUGCCAACCAGCUUCUCGGCUGCGGUUUGCCCCAGACUCCCGGGUUCGCCAAUUCUCUGCGAAUUCGCCGAUGGAAUAUCCCGAUUGGUGGGUCACUGGACAAUGCCAACGAAGAUUUGCGAGGAGAGUUCGGCUGUAGUGACGCUCACGACUAAUUCUGUCGCGAGAACUCUAGUUGCGAAACUGAGUCCGGCGAAAUUCGAAGUGACUGAAGAAGAAUGUGGCAUUCUGCCGACCUCGACCAGGAUCUUCAAUGGGACUCUGACCAACACGGACUCCUGGCCCUGGAUGAUAACUAUUCUUUAUCGGCCUGCGCGGUCCCCGACCAGCAAAGUUAAUUGCGGCGGGGCAUUAAUUAGCACCAACUGGGUUCUAACUGCGGCUCAUUGCUUCGAUGAAUCGCAGGACCCGGCUAGGUACAGGGUGGCCUCCGGGAACUCUGAGCGAAUCCCAACGAGUCCCCAACACAACGCCUUUGUCCAGGAUCGACAGACCGUGUCCGGUCAGCCGCCGGUCAGUCAAUUCAUGGUCGCGCACCCGCCAGUCGUCAAGCGCCGGUUGGUCCAACCGCCAGCCAGGGCAGUUCUUGGCCUCGCCAAUCCCCAGCCCACCAAACUGCGGUUUGGUCACCCGAUUGUCAGAGCACCCGAACAAUCGGGAUACCAUUCUGCUCACCAAAUUCUAGAAAGAAUCAGCAUGAUUCUUGUCACCCAAUUGUUUGGGUGCCCCGACAAUCGGGUGACCAGACCGAGGUUUGGUGGCCUGGGGAUUGGCGAGGCCAAGGACUGCCCUGGCUGGCGGUUAGACCGACCGGCGCUUGACGACCAGUGGGUGCGCGACCGUCAAUUGACCAACUGGCGGAUGACCCAAUACCAAGGCAGACAUUUGCACUACAAUGUGAAAUCAAUUGUGGUGCAUGAGGACUACAACUCAAGAACCGGGAAUUAUCUCAAUGACAUAGCUUUAGCAGAACCUGAGGAGCCAUUCAUCCUUGGGAUAGAGUUCCGGAGGACUGCUUUGAUUUGCCUGCCAGAACAGGAAGAUCCGCGUCAUCCAGCAAUCCUCGGCAGAGGAGAUGUCGCUGGCUGGGGUGACACUGAAACUGACAGUGAGAGCAAAAUUCUGAAAGAAGCCGUGCUGACAGCGGUCAACCAAAGAGAGUGUGUGUCUUUGCUGAGUGAGCGGGGAAUCUCGCAAACCAGAGGCAUCUUUUGCGCACAGUCCGACGAGCUAGCGGCGUGGAUACAAAAGAAAAUGGACGCCCUCAGCAAGGGAACUUAA